AAGAACUUAUUAUUGCAAUUUGUCUUUCAAUUGUGAAAUUGUGAUUGAUGAAUUUGGGCUUCCAACAUCAGACGACACCUCUCGUACCUCAAACGUCAUAUCGUUGGUAAAUGAAAAUCUUCCUCCAAUUUCGUUCUUAUUGAUGAUGACACAUUUCGAGAAGUUGUUCAACAUCCAAUGGAGAAACCAGAAAUCGGCACCGCAAAAGGUCCUCUCUAGUUUCCAUUUCCUUCCAGAUCGUAAAAUUGGAGGUAGCUGAUUCGUGAGACAUUCCUCCAGUAGCAGUGGCUAUGCACAUAGCAUUGUUAUUUCUAGCAAGAAAAGAAUCUCUUCUUUUCAACAAACUCUUCUUCUCCACCACUACUUCCAUAAACCCAAGCCAAACCUCUCUCAUUUCCCAUUAUUUUUCCCUCCUCCACUCUUCACCUAAUCCAACUCAUCUCCGCCACCUCCAUGCUCGCUUACUUCGCACCUCUCUCUACGACAAUGUAAUCCUCAGUUCUAAGCUCGUUUUGAUGUAUUCCUGUCAUGGCAAACUCAUCCCUCACUCUCUCUCUGUUUUCUUUCACAUGCCGUAUAGAAAUAUCUUCUCUUGGAACAUCAUAAUGGGAGAAUUUUCUCGUUCUGAUUUUCCCGAGAAAUCUAUAGACUUGUUUCUUCAAAUGAGGAGAGAAUCCGAUGUUCGACCCGAUGACUUCUCUUUUCCUCUAGUUUUAAGGGCGUGCGCAGGUUCGGGAAUGGCGGAAUUAGGGACUUCAGUUCAUGCGUUGUGCCUGAGAAUGGGUUGGUCGGUAAGUUUGUUUGUCGCGUCUGCAUUAGUUUUUAUGUACGUUACUUUUGGUAAUUUGUUUAAUGCCAGAAUGUUGUUUGAUGAAAUGUCUAAGAGGGAUGCGGUGUUAUGGACUGCAAUGCUUGCUGGGUAUGCUCAGCAUGGGGAACCAGUGUUGGGAUUGCAAGUGUUCGAGGAAAUGGUUAAUUUGGGCAUUAAGCUUGAUGGGGUUGUUAUGGUGAGCUUACUUUUAGUCUUUGGUCGAUUGGGCUGGUUAAAGCAAGGAAAGAGUGUUCAUGGUUGGUGUGUGAGAAAUUGCUUAGGGUUAGAGUUAAGUUUAGGAAAUGCUAUAGUUGACGUGUAUGUUAAAUGUGCUAUACUAGGUUAUGCACAUCGAGUUUUUGAUAGAAUGUCUGAAAGAGAUGUUGUUUCUUGGAGCUCCUUGAUUUUGGGGUAUGGAUUAAGUGGUAAUGUGAGUGUUGCUCUGGAGCUCUUUGAUCAGAUGCAUCUGAGAGGGGUUAGACCGAAUGAUGUGACAUUUCUUGGUGUUUUAUCAGCUUGUGCCCAUGGUGGCUUGGUCGAGCAAGCACGUGUAUACUUCAAAAUGAUCCCAGAUUGUGGGCUGGUGGCAGAAUUGAAACAUUAUGCUUGUAUGGUUGAUUGUAUGGGCAGAGCUGGGCUUUUGGAAGAGGCAGAGAGGUUUAUUGAAGAAAUGCCAAUAGAACCUGAUGAAGCAGUGCUAGGUGCUGUAUUAGCAGGAUGUAGAGUUCACAAUAAUGUCGAUGUAGGAGAACGAAUUGCAAAAAGAUUAAUUAGGUUGAAACCAGAGAAAGCUGGAUAUUAUGUGCUCUUGUCCAAUAUGUAUGCAGCAGUAGGUAGAUUUGAUGAGGCUGAGAUAGUUAGGGACUUUAUGAAAGAAAAGAGUUUGUCUAAGGUGCCUGGUUGUAGCUUGAUUGAAUCAAAGAGUUACUUUCCUUCUUCAACAGAAAAUGAAGUUCUGGAUUGUUUUUAAAUAUGAUGAGAAGUGGAUUUGUGUGAUUAUGGUUGCAAGGGUUCCAAUUUCUUUGCUGGAAUAGGAUACAGAAAAAGAAUGCAUCAGUGCCAGGAAAAAAGAUAUUGCAACAAAAUGGACUUGGUUGGAAUAGCUUUACACAGCAAACUAGUUGUAACAAUAACACCUGCUUAAUGAUAACAAAUCCUUUGGCUGCCUUCUACACCUCUCCAUGAUUCUAAUUGUUGUGGCAAAAAUGAAAGUUGAAUUUCUCUUAAGAAGCCAUCAUUAAUACGACAUUAAGUUGAAGAUAUUCAAUUCAAUUUUGAAGUUCUUUGAUUUAUAUAUACAUUCUUACCAUGUGAUCUUGAACAAUGGUUAAGUACACAAACCACUCUGCCUAUGAUGUACUUUAUUGUCCUUUAUUCAUAUUGAAAAGAAUGUUGAAUUCUCUUAAGAAUCAUCACUAAUCAAAUAUUCAGUUGAAGAUAUUCGAUUCAAUUUUGGAGUUGUUUGAUUUACAUAUACCUUCUUAUCAUAUGAUCUUGAACCAUGUUUAACUACCGUGCUACUUGUGCUGAUUUGUAUUUCAUUUGCUUUAUGUUAGCUAGAAGGUUAUAAAAGAUUUUGUGAGCCAAAAACUGAUCGUACGAAAGUUAGAUAUUUGGAAA